AUGUCUCGUCCUGCACACGGAAGACCAGAAUACCAUAAAAUAAACAAAGAUCUCUUUGUCCUCACCUAUGGAGUUCUGGUUGCCCAACUCUGUAAGGAUUAUGAAAAAGAUGAAGAUGUGAAUAAAUAUUUAGAUACAAUAGUGGCAGACCUUCUUGCAUGAGUUGCUUUCAAGAUGUACUUGGGAAUUACACCAAGUGUGACCUGUAACAAUUCAAGCAGAAAUGAAUUUUCCCUGAUUCCAGACAAGAAUCCUCUGGUGGAGUUGGUGGAAGAGCUCCCUGCUGGGCGAUCUUCUCUGUGCUACUGCAAUUUACUCUGUGGGAUUAUCAGAGGGACCCUGGAAAUGGUUCAUUUGGCUGCUGAUGUUACAUUCUUGCAAGACAGACUAAAAGGCGACAGUGUGACAGGAAUAGGAAUAACAUUUCUGAAAAAGCUGGAUGAGGAAAAAUACAGACGGAAAAAAUGA